AUCAUUGGUAGGAUACACUGGAUUGAUAAGGAGAGACUCACUCAGUUCAUAAUGGCAACUCAAGAUGAUGAAACAGGAGGAUUCUCUGAUAGACCAGGAGACAUGGUUGAUCCUUUUCAUACCUUAUUUGGAUUGGCUGGUCUCUCGUUGCUGGGCAAUAGACAGAUCAAAGGAGUCAAUCCGAUUUUCUGUCUACCACAAAAUGUUAUCGAAAGACUUGAACUAGACUAUGAACUACUUAAAGAAUAAUUACUGAAUUGAUUAAUAAUAAUAAUAAUCAUU